AAUGACAAAUAAAUCGUAUUUUUUUUGCUUACAAUUGUAUAAACUGUUUUUUUGGAGUGAUUUGGGAGAAGAGUCCUCCUCCUGGUCCUCCUGAUCCUCCUCUUCCUCAGAGGGCGUGUCGCGCCGCUCCGGGAGCUGUCCGGUGCUGAAAGUGGGGGCUGGGGGGGAUGAGCUCAGCGCUCCGGGGGCAGGUAACGUCAGCAGCAGCCGGAACGGGGAGCUUCCGCUCCACACCUACCGACGGCUGGAGAUGGGCGGCUGAUCGGCUCGGUGGAGCGUCUCUCACGGCGUCACAUCGCCGGGAUGAAAUGGGAAUGUUCACGUCCAUGAAGAUCGCAGGGCUUCUGGCUUUCGCUGUCGCGCUCCUCUUCCUCACAGUACCAGCGGAUUCUGCAGAUGUGAAGUGUGAGAAUAUCUACAAAGAUUUUUCUGAUUGUGUCCUGGAGUUGGGAGACAGCAUGGACAACUACCAGGAGAACGUGACCAGUGAGAGGGGCGUGGCUGCCGUGUGCAGCCACUGGGAAGCUUUCCACACGUGUGCCCUUACCGCGCUGUCCGACUGUCAGGAGGAAGUCAGCUCCAUCUGGGAGACUCUGAGGCAGGACUCCAGGAAGAUCCGCUUCCAGGGAAGUCUGUUUGACCUUUGCAGCCCCAGCUCCUCGUCCAACACACGUUGGUGUCUGACUGCCCUCAUCAUCCCACUGAUGCUGGCCAUGACUGGGCCCAACUGAAGCCUUGUAUAAAUAGUACGGGAUAAGAGCUGUUCUGAUGACGAGAAUAAGUUGUAUCCUCAAAUUUAAGCCAAGGAGACAAAUACCUAAAAGAGUUGUCAAAAAGCCACAAAUGUCUCUGGAAAGACAAUCAGUUUUUGUUUUAAUGAAUCAUUUAUUUCAAGA